AUGAUUGAUAACCAACUCUCUUGGCAUGCUCAAUUAGACAGAGCUAAAACUUCAUUUUCUGAAAUAGUUGGUGCUUUAAUACUUUAACUCCCAAGAUCUGGAUGUAAAUUCUCCCCUCUAGCUGCUUCACAUUUCCUUGUUCGUUGGUGAUGAGAAUUUGAAGUUUUAUUAAAAGAACAACUUCAACUUGAUAAGUUUGAGUUUUCUCAUUACCAGUUUGCUGGGUAGUGUGUGAAUAUUACAGGGUGAAAUUACAUUUAAUCACUUCUGGGAGCUAAAGGUUUAAGGAGAAUGUCAUACUUACCCAAGUCAGUUCUAGAAGAAAUAAAUUUCAAAACAAUUAUUCCUAGUGUCACUUAUGGCAUACUAGUGUGGGGAAAUUACUCCCAACCAUUACUUAACAGCCUAGAUUAUACUCAUGCCUGCGCAUGUCACAUAGUAAAUAACUUCCCUUGUUUGCUAGAAAGUAGCCUAUGUCUGUCUCAAUACAACUAG